AUGCAAGUCAUUUCCGUCCGCACAUCGGCUUCCAAGGAAGUAACUUCGCACCUGGCUGCGAGCCCCUGUGUCGAAGCUUUGACCCCAUCUGACUGGGAGUUAAUGUAUAAGCGGCGGCCUAAUCGCAACAUGACCCUCUUUGAGUUAGAGGCGCUUGUCGCAAAGCGCAUGGAGUUUCUGGCCUGGAUUGAUCAGCUUUCAAAUUCCCCAAAGGCAGAAAGCUAUGACACCAUCUUGGAUACCAUUGGGACUCGUAUUCCGAAGGAACGCUCUUCUUUCACAGGUGGUUACGCACGAGGCACAGUUUUGGGGUAUGAAGGUGAUGAGGGUGCCGCCGGCUACACGCCUGAUCGGCGUUCUUCAUCUGUUCGCAGUGCCGCUGCUCGAUCAGGAAGUCUUGGGAAUAAUAGAGCUCAUGAUUCUAAUGCAGUCGUAGUAUUUGACAAAGAUGAGGACCUCGUAUCCCAUUUACUAUGUCGUUACGCAUUUUGUAUGAGUGAACGCUGGAGAAAGUGGUUGGUCAAGACGGAAGAAAUGCUACUAUGUGCGCGUUUAAAGUUGAGCAUAUCCAAAAACCCUCUUCAUUUUAUUGUGAAUCUCAUGGAAGAAAACAAUUUACCCUGCAAUCCGCUUAGUGAAGAGCAGAUAAAUGAUUCUGUGUUUCAGGAUUACUUAGAGUACCGUUAUUCUAAAUCUCAUGCACAGAAAGAGACAGAGCUUAAAAAGGAAUACUAUUACAGUGUUCCUCUGGAGCUUGCCACACGGCUUAUACGAAAUCGAAGCGUUCUGUGUCGUUCUGGGAAGGCCAUUCUUUUCCGAGAUCAGGUCCAGGAAGUCUUUCUAACGAUAUUUAGAGGGGAGCUCAACCGAGGUUUGCAUGAGGCUUAUAUCGCUCGAAUGAAGCAACAGAAGCUAGAUGACCAGGAGUCAGAGAAGCUCACAGUGAUGCACAUGCUGGACACCUUCUUGGAGCAAUUUAUUGCGAAUCCUUUGGACACUCUUCAGGAAGGGACAACUGAGUCAGUGAAAGCAGGAGACGUGCAGCGUCUCGCACUCACUCAUUUUCCACUAUGCAUGCGCCAAAUUGACUUGCAUCUGCGCCGUGAGGGACACCUUAAGCACCACGGCCGAUUCAUGUACGGACUCUUUUUGAAGGCGAUUGGACUCAGCAUGGAAGACUCUCUCACACUUUUUGCCACGCUCAUGACCCAGAAAGGUGAAGGAUCGGUGGAAGCGUUUUCCAAUACCUCCUACGGAUACAAUGUGCGACACAAUUACGGCAUGGAAGGAAAAAAGACAAGCUAUAGUUCUGCUUCAUGUGCGACAAUUAUGGAUCUUCCUCCAAUUGUGGACAAACAGGACUGUCAUGGAUGUCCUUUUCGCUUUCGCGAUGAGGCUGCUUUUCGUCUCAUGCUGCAACGGGAUCAGAACAAUCCAGCCGGAAAGGACUACCCCCCUGUUCGUCCCAGUGCGGCCGAUAUAGAGGAUAUUAUUUCUGACUGCAAAGGGCAACAUUAUACACGCGCAUGCUACAAGUACUUUGUAUCUACUCAUAAAGAAGCAAAACGUGAUAUGCUUUUCCGUUCACCUUACGAAUAUUUUUGCUGCAGCCGCGACAGCGAGGUGGCUGCCGCUGCGAAGAAGGGAAACGAGGAUAUUGAAACUCCAAUAAAGUCAUCCAUCGGACUCACCAAGCGUGUGGAAACAUCACCAGUUCUCAAGGAAGACGUCAUUCGGACUCGUGUUUGA